AUGCCAUCCCCACCCCCCUCCGCCUCCAUUUGGAGCCGGAAACGCGACCUCCUCUAUCUCAUCUUCUUCAUCAUCCACAUCCCCACCAUCUUCAUGGUCGACGCCGUUCCCCUCCUCCCGACAGCUCUCCAAACAAACCUCGCGCACCAAAUCCGCGCCUUCUACAUCGCCUCCUACCAAGACAAGUUCUUCGCCCAGCCCCCUCCCCCCUGGUUCACCGCGUUCAUCGCCAUGGAGGUCUUCUACCACGCCCCGCUGAGCAUCUGGGCCAUCCCCGCUUUGAUACGCGAUAACCCCAUGGUUCCCGUCCAUCUGCUUGCGUUUGGCGUGCAGGCCUUUGUGACGAGUCUGGCCUGUCUGGUGGAGGUGUGGAGCUGGGCGGAUCGCACGGUCGCGCAGAAGAGGAGUAUUACAAUGCUUUAUGGGCCUUAUGUUGCUUUAGGGGCGUUCAUGGCGCUGGAUAUGGUCUUUAGGCUGAGGGGGAGGCUGUUGGGGAAGAAGAAGCUGGCGUAG